GGCAUCCUGUGUCAUAAACCUAGCCUCCCUUUCGGUCUGCGUGCUUUGCAAAACAGCUCUGGGGAGCCUGGAGUACCCAGAGCUCAGACCGCAUCCGUCAUGGAGCAAAUAAGCUUGUUGCUAAGUCUGCUCUUCCUUGGGGAGCAGCUGAGUCCCAACCUGGCUUGUCAGCUGCCUUCCGACUGGAGGCCGCUCAGCGAAGGGUGCCGGGCAGAACUGGCAGCCACCAUUGUCUACGCCAAAGUCUUAGCGCUGCACCAGGAUACGUAUAGUAUGUACAACUAUUUGCCCUGGCAGUACGAAGCCUUGGACGGAGGGCUGUUUUACUCCGCCGAGAUCGAGAUGCUGUGCGACCAAGCUUGGGGGAGCAUGUUGGAGGUGCCAGCUGGCUCCCGCUUAAACCUAACCGGGUUGGGCUACUUCUCCUGUCAUUCCCACACGGUCAUGCAAGAUUAUUCCUACUUCUUCUUCCUCAGAAUGGAUGAGAAUUACAAUCUCCUUCCACAUGGGGUCAAUUUCCAGGAUGCGAUAUUUCCGGAUACGCAGGAAAACCGGCGGAUAUUUUCAAGCCUUUUCCAAUUUUCCAACUGCAGCCAAGGGCUCCACGCUGUCAUGUUCUCCAGCGAUUGGGAGGCCCAAGAGGACAACCGGCUCAUGUGCUCCUCCCUCCAGAAGGCCUUGUUCGACGAGGAGGACCACGUGAAGAAGCUCCAGCAAAAAGUGGCAGCCUUGGAGAAACGCAACAAGCAGCUACAAGACCGAGUGAAGAAAGUCAAGAGGUUGCUGAGACAAACCAGGAAGAAUGGCCGGCACAUGGAGCUGAUCAACCAGAAGCUCAAUGAGAAACUGUCUUCUACAGGGGGUCAGUUCCCUUACGCGAACUCUUUAAAGCAAGGCCAUUCUCGUGCCACGUACCUGAAAGUGUAAGAUCAAUUUUGGCACUUCAAGCUACAGUCUUAGUGAUCGAACGGUGUGUCCUUCUCCACCCAAUCUUAUCUUGAGAAAGACUCAUAGUGUGUUCAAAGUCUUUGGCUUUUGACCAUGAAGCACCUCAAGUGGAUAUCUCACUGACUUCGAACGGGCUUCAUAAAUAUGAUUCAAUUUUUGCCUAGGAGGAAGCGUGGACUGUUGCCUUCAGAACAGUUGGGUUGAGACCAAGUAGGAAUGGGUUUAUGGACCAUAGUCCAUAACAUAGACCAUAGUUAAGGGGGGAAGGUUGAGUCUUGGAUGGGUCCAGUGAUACAGGAUUGACAGGUAGUCCUCGAUCUAAAACAGUUCAUUUGUUGUAUAAUGUCAUGUGAUCUCCUUUUGUGACCUCCUGACCAGCAACGUCAAGGGGGAAGACAGAUUCACUUAACAACCGAAUGACUAACUUAAGAAAUGUCUAUGGAGAUUCUCCAUCAUCCAAGUUGUUUCCAAAGGUGUUUUUUUCAAGAGGCAACUGGACUUUCUUGGUUUUUCUUUGAAGAAAGUCCAGUUGCCUCUUGAAAAAAAACACCUUUUGGACUAACUUCACAACGUCCGUCAUUCCCUGAACCACUGCGGUACAGUCUCACACAACAACAGAAAUGUGGGGCUCAAUUGUGGUCAUAAGUCGAGAACUACCUGUCGUCCAGUAGCUGAAGCACUAAAGGGAGAUUGAAUCUGCUCCAAAUGGUGGGAGAAGAAACGACCAAGGACUCCACGCAAGCUCAUUGAAGAAGCAGAAGCGUCUAAGUGUAAAUAAUAAAAAGUUUAUACCAUCCUGA